AUGUCAUGCAUACAUAGGGGGGGUUGCUCGCGGGAAGCGCAGCGGAAAGAUGAUCCGGAUGGGAGGGUUAUUGGUGGUUACACUUACAUGAAGGGUAUAUUCUCGACUCAUGUUGAGUUGGCAUCCAUGCGCAACGCAGACUCCCAAACAUCAUUCGUGACAGCACUCAUAUGCAAAUACCAAAAAGAUGACUUGACUCACAAUUUCAAGCUCACGCUGAAAACGUUCCUGGGUAAUAAGGGUAAUGUGAUUACGCAAAAUGAUGUAUUGGAUAGUAAUGGAAGUUGUGCCACGAUGACUGUUUUAUUCGCACGUGGAACGGGAGAAGUCGGUAAUGUGGGAUUAUUAACCGGUCCUCCAUUUUUCACAGCUCUAGCUGCAUAUAUGAAUCAAACAGGAAGCAUGGCAAUCCAAGGUGUAGACUACGCAGCCAGCGUCUCCGGGUUUCUAUCCGGUGGUGAUCCCGCUGGCGCUAAAACAAUGUGUGGCUGGCCUUAUAAAUAA